AUGAAGAUGAUGAGGAGGAUACUACUUUCUGCCCUGGUGGCACUAAGCAUUAUAGUGGCCCAUUGCAGCCAAGUCAAGGACAAACUAUUUAAAGAGAUAAGAAGCAACACGACAUUUUUAGUACUCAAUGAACCCAUUGUCGAUCUGGGGAUCAGUGAAGGGUUACUCCACACCCUGUUUUUCGAUUUGGAGAUCGGAGAGAACCUAUACACACUGGAUGAGAAUCUAUUGAACCGGAAGAAUUUGAAGCAUACCAAUAUUUUCCACCUGCUGAUGGAUAUAUAUAAGCAGGUGGGGAGCAGCGAGGUGGAGAGCAACGGGGGGGGAAAUUCCAUUCGCUACGUAUUCCUCUGCACCCCUUUCACAAGAGUGCAGCCGCUAAACCUGGAGCUUCUCCUGAGGAAGUUCAACAAGUACAUUUACAACAGGAAGAGUCACCAAAAGGGGGACAUAGAUGUGGGGGGGAUUCUCAAGGAGUACAAUGAGGAGGUGCGCGGGAAGAGAGAGAAACCGGUCGGCAUGAGCAGUGAGAGCGGCAGUAAAAGCGGCAGUAAUAGCGGCAGUAAUAGCGGCAGUGGGAGGGGCAUCCCCGCGAAAGACCUCAUAGAACGGAUGCUGCAAGACGAAGUAGACCUCCUUCUGAGUGACGACAACGAAGGGAGUGACAAGUUUGUGAAGCCAGGUGACACGUACAAGGGGCUCUUCGUUGGCUACGCAUUUAGUGAGCAACCGCCGUCCGGUGCAAGUGAAACCGCCGCUAAUAAUGGGUUCCCCUUCCCCUCCCUAAAUAGUGGCAUCAUAAUGGACAUCACUCUGUUAAGGCGGCUUUACGACCAUCUGGUGGUGCAUUCCGCCGCGGAGAGUUUAAAGCUGAUAAAAGACAACGUGCGAGAGUUGUCCAACUAUAUUGGGGAGCACCUGCAGGUGAAGCUAACCCCAUUUGAAAAUGCCUGCCUCAGUGAUAAGGACAACGUCUUCCUUGUUGAGAACGAGGGGGAAACGAAAUACGACGUGUAUAGGUAUUACCUCGUGCAGCAUUUAUUUAGGGAUUACAAGAAGGAUAAUCAUGCUGAUAAGGAGGAUAAUCUGGGAGGGACAAACACAACGAUGAUGAUGACCCCUCCCCCAACAGAUGAGGAAGAACCAACCGAUGUCGAACUGGCACAACUAAUCAUCGCCUACUUCAAUCUUGCUUACCCUAUAUCUACGUGCGCAAGUUACUCCAUCCGUUCGAAGCAGGAGACCUUCGUAGAUUACGACAGCUACCACCUCCUCAGCAUUGAAAAUGAAAUCAAGUUAGAGAAAUAUAUCAAAGAAACUGAAUUCGUACACUAUAAGUCCAUCGAUGAAUAUAAGACUAAAUUGAGUCAGAUCAAUCAGAAGUAUGAUGCCCUCCUUGAUGAAAGUGAACGUCACUGGACUCAUAAAAAUAUUCUCCUGGCGGUGGUGACCAGUGCGGAGACGGAACAUCGAAUAGCCCACGUGAAGAGCACCUAUGAUAAUAAGGAGAACACCGAGCGGGUGUUUAAUUCGUACCGGGGGAAUGGGGGGGAGGGACAGGCCAAAUUGAAAGGCUCCGCUGGAGGGAGUGCCUCCCGAAAAGGCAACCAAUCAGGGGGAGCAAAAUCCAAAGGGCAGGAUAAACCCUCCUCAAAUGGAGAUCUUUUCAAUCACGACUUUCUCAAGAGCGCCUUCGAAAACGAGAACAUAGACAUCGAAAUAGUUUACUUUUCCGAUAAGGAGAGCAAACAGUAUGAUGACACCCUCCACCUGGACGAGGAAGACAAACAGGGGGACUCUAAGAACGAUCGCGAAUUGGGAAAGAAAGAAAAAAAUAUUAUUUACUACCUUUAUGAGGAAUACGUCAGGAAAAACUCUCCAAUAAAUUUCUUCUUCAUUUCUCAUGAUGAUACCUUCGUCAAUGCGAAGACCUUAAUCGAUGUGAUUAACCUAACUCGUAACGAAUGCACUCACUCGAGGAGACACAUGUUUAAGAAAUACGUCAAAUCAUUUGACCAUAUGGAGGAAAGGGAAGCUGAUUUUUUGAAAAACUUCGGCAAGAGGUACUUACACCUCUACAGGUAUUUGAAGACAAACUUCGUCAAAACGAUUGACUCGUUGAAAAGAUACGAUUACAUUCCGACUUACUGCGAAGGCGCGGGGGGAGGCAAGGGUGUGUCUGGCUUGGCGCCUCUCACGAAUGUCCCCCUUUACAUCGGCAAGAGGUACUCGCGCAACUCCUUCGCAGAGGAUGGAAGCAGCUUCUUCCACUACUUGGCGGGGGCUGCCGGGAUGGUCCUCAACGGGGAGGCCGUGAAGAAGAUCUACUUCUGCAAGGGGGCCUGCACUGUGGACGCUUCCAACGAGGCGGCUACCCUUGGGCGGUGCGACUUCCGCCUGCUGAACGACGCCGCUCUUGGCCAGUGGGCCAAGGGGUUGGGCAUCUUGCCCAUCAACUUCGAAGGCUUCUUCCCCAACGGCCCCGAACAAUACCCCGCAGAUUACCUCAGCACGAUUACGCCCGUUUCUUUUCACCGUCUCAAUGAAGGGAGGACCGCUGAAAAAACGAAGGAGGCGUUCUUUCAUCACCUAGUUAGUCCUACCCAAAAGAGAAACAAAACGAACCAGGAGGAGACAGACAUGCCUGUAGAUUACCUCGAUAGGAAUUACAAAAAUACAAUAGACAACAUCUUUCAUUUCUUCUUCUACGUUAAUAAUGCCAAAGAGUGCAAAUCCGAUGAGUCUAUAAUCAAAACGACGGAAUGGAUUUAUAACAAAAUGGGAUCUAGUAGAAAAUUUAAUCACCUCUUUGAUAUGAGUACCUUCUUUACAAGCGACGUGGAAGAGAUGCUCUACUUCCAGAAGAGGUCAGCUAGCAAGGGGAAGCUUAACAAUAAAAAGGGAAGCAAGGAGACGUACAGUAACAAUUAUGUUCAGAGGAAUGAUGCACCAGGUGGGGGGGAUGAGUCAGGUGGGCACCCCCACCCUGGAAGGGAAGACUUAGGCAAUUUUGCUACAAUGGAUGAUCUCGGAGAAGAGGAUGACUUGGGGGAGGAAGACCCUCAUCUGGGAUCCAUGGCAGGCUUCGGACCGCUAGACGAUCUGGACGAAGAGGAACACUUCGAUGAUGAAGAUUACGACUAUGAGAAGUACCUGGAUGGAAUAGAGGCGCAUAGGAAGGGCACCGGAGGGGGCUCUACGGAUGAUCUACCGGAUGCCCCCAAAUCGGGUAGCGAUGGCGACGGAGACGACAACCAGGACGAUCACGACAACCAGGACGAUCACGACGACCAGGACGAUCACGACAACCAGGACGACCAGGACGACCAGGAUGAUCACGACGAUCAUGACAACCACGACGACCAUUUUAAUUUGCCCCCUGAUGGAGGUGACAACAUCGAUGACACUUGGAAUCUGCCCCCUGAUGGAGGAGAAUUAUAG